UGUAGGCAGACAGGAGACAGAGCUGAUGGAGGUUCUCAGUCAUUGAAGGAUGGCUGAAGGCUUUCCAGGAACAGGAGAUGUGGUGUUGUCUCUUCUCUCUCUAUUCUGCCAGAUGAGCUGAUAGGUUACAGGUGUGUGAGGACAUCCUCAUGCUGUCAUAACCAGAUGACAGGAGUUAUCAGGUGAUCAGCCAGGCUAAUGAUGAGAUGCAGAAAGAAAACAAAUCAUGCAGAAAGAAAACAAAUCCGGGACAGUGUACAAUAAUAACAAUAAUAUGUGGUGUUGCUCACCUUAUGUGCUCUUAUAGAGUAUUAACGUGUGCCUGCCUCAUGGUGUAGAGUCCAUAUUUUGCUGAGUGUCCUGCAAUAAUGCAGGUUAUUAGUUAAUUUACUUUUGAUAGCAAAGAACAAAAUAUUUAAUGUAAAAGUUAUUUACCAGGUGAAUCGGCUCACACGUCACCACCAAGUGUCACAGGGCCAGAAUCAGUAGCCUCCUUCAUGAUGUCAUGAUGCAAUCACAUACGUUUAUUUAAUUGUUAAUAUCUUAAAAAUUCUGAAAUGUUUUUAUUUUUUACCUUGAACAGUUCACUGAGCUUGCACUGUCACUGAGGUGGAAGCUGGAAUCAACAGCAGACACCUCACAUCUUGGUCUUUUCAGGGGUGUGGACGGUGCUCUGGGACUUUCUGGAAGAUGAAUUUCCGUCAUGGUCCCUGUGUCACAAGACACACUGGCUGGGAGCUCUAAACUGGGUGGCUAUGUAAAAACAAAGAAGCAGCACAUUUAUAAAUGUUUAAAAGCGCAUAAAAUCACGUGUAACAAUAAUCUGUAAAACAAAUUAAAACUAGAAGGUAAUAAUAAAAUGUUUACAUAGACGAUUAUUAAAAAUAAUUUACCUUUGCUACGCCGGUAAGGCUUCACGUCAGCCUGGACAAGUGCAUUCUUGCAGCUAAAUCAGUCUGACAGCCAGUGUCUUGGGUAGAUUUAGCCUGAAAAAAAAUAGAAGCACAUUGUUGUUGGAGUUUAUAAAGUCAGAUAAUAUACAAAAGAAACUGUCCUAUAUAGGCGCUUUAUAACAUUCCUAGUGUGUGAUAGUUAUUAUAAUGUAAAAGUCAGUCACAUAUGAUGUGAAGAGAGCCUGAAAUGCGACCUCCUGAACAGAAUUCCUUACAGAACCGGGUCACGCUUGGUGUAAAGCUGGAUGUCAACUAGUGCUGUGUUAGUUAGAGCAACUGUUAGCAGAAUUACCAACUGACACAAAAACAACCCGAAUUUUCUCAGAGCCUGACAGUAAUGGUCAUGUGGACCGUUUCGUCAGCCAGGGCUUUGAGAUAUGUUCCGAUUCGCCGCUGAUUCCAACCUUACAUCCCGUUCCACAUUUUGUGAACUUGAUAAAUUAGCCCAAAGGCAGUGCAGAAGUGAACCACGUCUCUCAAACUUUGCAUUUAGGUAGGGAAUUGCCUUUAGAAGAUGUUAAAACUUUUAUUUAGCUUACUCACCUCAGACUGGAGCCCGCCAUGGUGGGGGAGCAGAGUUGGUGGGCUGCAUCUAAAUCGCGGAAGAGCCACAGUGGGCACAGCCUCUCUCUUCAAACGGAGACGUGCAGAAUAACCCAGUUGAAAUUCCAUCAUGUUGGCGAAGGAAUCGCGGGUAAAAUGCUGGUUGCAAACUACAGCACCAGGCGGGAGCUGACUGUUUUCCAGACACCGAUUGCGCGCAACCACUGGCGCCUAAUUUUCUAAGUCCAGUGGAAAGGAGUGCAACCCCACAGACCGCAACCACACUACACUACACCUUCUCACCAUACUAACACAAUAUGGAACUCUAAACCCGAACUACUUUCCUAAUCACACUAACAGCCAAACACUAACUAAACUACAAUAUCCAACAGCCAAGCUAACACUAAAUAAGUAUGUAUAACACUAAAAGCUAUGCUAAAGAUUAGGAUAUGCUAAUGCUAUAUGCUAAUGCUGAACUACCGCUAACCGUCCUACACUCGCUUGCAAAUCCAACUCCCAGCUCGCCACAAGGCGUGGCCGACACUCUCAAUGCUUUUAUAACUUUGACACAGAGCUGCUAUAGUACUCUACUGGUUUACGUAGUAUCUUUCUCUUUAGCCAUUGGCUAAAAUUUAUUCAAAAUGACUCAAACUGUUUUAAGCUGAAGGUGGUGGUGCUAUACUGUGGUAUUUAGGCAGAAUUUUUAAUUUUUAAAGAAAAUGCACCAAAAUGUUAAAAUAAUGAAUACUAUUAGACACUCAUUUAUACAGUUUAUCAGCCAAAAAAAGUUAAUUAAGACAUUACUUGCUCUUUAAUGAAGCCCUGCCAAAAUACCUAAUCCAACACUGCAAAGGAGCAAGAAUGAGGUACAUGCAAUACCUCGAGGAUGAAAAAAGAAUAAAGAACAAACUGCAAAUGAGAGGAAAAGAAAGGAGCUCCACCAAGACAUAGAAAAUGUCAAAGCAAAACAGAAAAGAAUAAUGAUAAGCAGUGAGAUGAUGCAGAAAGAGGCAGACGAAAUGGCAAUGAAAGCAGAAAAAAACCAGGACUUCACAUAACUGUCCAAAUCCAAUGCUUAUCACAAAAGUGUGGCUGAGAAAAAGGAAGAGCUACAAGCCCUAGCCAAAACCUGGAAGACCUGCAGAAGAGCGCCAAGAAGCUACAAUAACUGAGAUUUAUUUUAGAGAAACAUUUUAAUUGAAAUGACAUUGCUUUGUUUUAUAUUGACUUUUUUGCACUGCAGGAUAGGGUUUGAGUUUGACAUUUAUAUUUUUGAUUUACUUUUGCAGUGAUUUUCAUUUUUACUUCUAGAAUGCAGGUGUCAGAUGCACUAAGUCAGCUGUAAGUAAACAGUAAAAAGUUAAACUGAAGGAAUUUGUUUUGGUGAUUUAUUGAACAUAAAAUACUUUUUGAAGAAAGCAAGAGGGAGAAAAAUAAACAUUUGAGCAUUACUGUCAAAUACAAGAUAUAAGGUACCUGUCAUGAGUCAGGGUGAGUACACCUGUCAAACAUUCCAGCUUUGAGUUGUGUUUCAGGAGAGGGAGGCUUCCAGCUGUGGCAGAUUAACAAUCAGCGGUACCAGCUACUUAAGGAGUGGGGGAACACACCUCGACGCGGGAUGAUUACUUCAACUCGGAUUUUGGGUCUUCACUGGUGCAGAAGCUUCUCUGGAUUCUGUUACUCACCUGGAUACUCACCUUCUACAAAAACCUUCCGGACUCAGCGCUCUGGUGUUCUCCUCCAUCAGCUCCGCUCACCUGCUCUCCACACGCUCCCUCUCCUGGAAAUACUCACCUGGACACACCCCGACUCUAGAUCUGCCCUUCCCCAUACCUCCACCCACCUAAAUCCCUAGUGUGAGGACCUGCAGGCCAGGCUGGUUCAGGAUCAGUGUCUUCUUACAUCCUGCCUCCUGACUGAGUGUGGGACCUGAAGGACGGCAGCACUGAAUGGACACAACAUGGGGUCAGAUGAGGCUUACAACUUUGUUUUCAAGGUCGUUCUAAUCGGAGAAUCUGGGGUUGGAAAAAGCAACCUGCUGUCCCGCUUCACCAAAAAUGAGUUCAGCCACGACAGCCGCACAACCAUUGGAGUGGAGUUCAGCACACGGACUGUUCAGCUCAACGGCUUGACCAUCAAGGCCCAGAUCUGGGACACAGCUGGGCUGGAGCGGUACCGCGCCAUCACCUCUGCGUAUUACAGAGGUGCCGUUGGAGCCCUGGUGGUCUAUGACAUCACCAAACAUCUCACCUAUGAGAGUGUGGAGCGCUGGCUGAAGGAGCUGUUCGACCACGCUGACCCCCACAUAGUUGUAAUGCUGGUGGGAAACAAAACUGACCUGGAGUCGGAGAGAUCGGUGCCCACGGAGGAGGCCAAAGACUUUGCAGAAAAGCAAAACUUGUUGUUUCUGGAGACCUCCGCUCUGCAGUCUACUAAUGUGGAAGCAGCGUUCAGCAGCGUCUUAGCAGAGAUUCACAGGAAGGUGAGCAGUAAAGAAGUGGUCCGUGGCUCCCUCAACGCCGUGACCCUGAACAAUCGCAGAGGAGAAAACACAGAGGAGCAGAAACCCUGCUGCAGGAACAUCUGAUCGCUCCGUCCCUCAAGGGCCCACCCUCAGCGCUGAUCUGGGAUCUGACUAGAGACGGGGCGACAGGGUGGCUCGACAUGGAGAAGCGACCCUGGUUGGAAUCACCAGAAGAUGUGUGUGCUUGAACGUUUCAGCUGAUGUGGCUAAAACCAACUUCAGGUUUUAAACAACAACUGCUCCCUCUUGAAUGACGGGCAAAACUCAAAUAAAUAAAUCAACCUAAAAUUAAAUUAUUUAUAAAUCUUUUAGAAAAGUCUGUGACACAUAAAUCCAUCCUGUCAUUUUUCAGAUUGCAAAUAUUUCACAAGUGAUUCUUUUCUUUUUAAAAUCAGCUGUUUGUUUAUAUUGUGUAAAUUUUAGCGUCUGAGACGAUUUGAUGAUUUUACUCCUUUAUCGUAUUUCUGGUUUUGUUUCUCAAUAAAUAAGUUAUGGAAACAAAA